AUGAGUCCUUUAGAAAUAGCAAAAAAAAAGGCAGCUUUUAAAGCUGUUGACGAAUUUGUUAAGUCAGAUUGUGUGAUUGGAAUCGGUAGUGGAUCAACAGUCAUUUAUGCAGUAAAUAGAAUUGCUGAAAAAGUUAAAAUAGAUGGAAUUAAUGUUGUCUGUGUGCCAACUUCUUUUCAAUCUCGUCAAUUAAUUAUUGAUAAUAAUUUAACACUAGGUGAUCUGGAUAAAUAUCCAAAGUUGGACUGUGUAAUUGAUGGAGCAGAUGAAGUUGAUGGUGACAAAACACUUAUCAAAGGUGGAGGAGGUUGUUUAUUACAAGAGAAAAUAGUUGCAUCCUGUACAGAUAAUUUAAUAAUUAUUGCCGAUUAUACAAAAAAUUCAAUUAAACUUGGACAGCAAUAUAAAAAAGGAAUACCUAUUGAAGUUAUUCCUAUGGGUUAUGCUCCAAUAAAAAAUAAAAUUCAAGAUAUUUAUGGUGGUGCUGUUAAUAUUCGUAUGGCUAUUGCUAAAGCUGGCCCAGUUGUUACAGACAAUGGAAAUUUUAUAUUAGAUUGGAUUUUUCCUGAUAAUUUGGAUGAGUCAUGGAACACUAUAAAUAAUGAAAUAAAGUUAAUUCCUGGUGUUGUUGAAAUAGGUCUAUUUGUAAAAAUGGCUAAAAAAAUAUAUUUUGGAAUGCCGGAUGGUACUGUUAAAAUACAAUAA